GUUACGACAUCGUAAAAAAUCGCGGAAAUUAGUGGACCACAUUUGUUUUAUAUAGAAUUUUCCCAGCUUUUUGCCAAUGUACGACACUUGUAUUCUCACCUCCCGGAAGGCACCGGAAAACGACGAAAACCACCAAAUAGGCUGUGAUGCGGGGCAUUCGGACGGCGCGGUGGAAAACGAACGGCCGGUCGUUACGACAUCGUAAAAAAUCGCGGAAAUUUGUGGACCACAACUGUUUUAUAGAUGUACGGUAAUAUAACUAUAUUCGGUGGCUAUGGUCGCGGUCGUGGUGGUGGCCGCGGUCGUGGUGGUGACGGCGGUCGUGGUGGUGGCCGCGGUCGUGGUGGUGACGGCGGUCGUGGUGGUGGCCGCGGUCGUGGUGGUGGCCGCGGUCGUGGUGGUGGCCGCGGUCGUGGUGAAGGCGGCGAUGGCGACGAUGAGACCGUCGUCGUGGUACCACCACCAACCAAAAAGUUUACAGGAAAAUGUGACCUGUGCCAUGUCAAAGGGCACAAAGUUAUUCAGUGCCCAAAAUUCUUAUCAAUAAUGGCAUUGGCGGACGCAGCCACGGCGGGCGGCAGCGGCGAGUCCGGGGCGGGCGGCAGCGGCCAGUCCGGGGCGGGCUGCAGCGAGUCCGGGGCGGGCGGCAGCGGCCAGUCCAAGGCGGGCGGCAGCGGGGACGAUAACUCGACGUCUGCGUCUGAUGAAUAAAAUAUAUAUUUUUUCAUUAACAUUUACUAUUGUUUUUAUUUGUUUUCGUACAAAAUCC